UUUAUUUCCAGGACUGACUUUUAGAUUUCAAUGAACUGAAGCCAUGUUAGUGCCAGAGAGAAAUAGAAGCACAGCCACGUUCACCCUUUUGGGCUUCUCAGAUUGCCCAGAACUGCAGGUUCCCCUUUUCCUGGUUUUUCUGGCCAUCUACAGUGUCACUGUUGUAGGAAAUCUUGGGAUGAUGGUAAUCAUCAAAAUUAACCCCAAACUUCACAUCCCCAUGUACUUUUUCCUCAGCCACCUCUCAUUUGUGGAUUUCUGCUCUUCCUCGAUCAUUGCUCCCAAAAUGCUGGGGAACCUAGUUGCAGAAGACAGAAGCAUUUCAUUUUUAGGAUGUGUAGUACAAUUCUUUUUGUUUUGUACCUUUGUGGUGACUGAAAUCUUUUUAUUAGCUGUAAUGGCCUAUGACCGUUUUGUGGCCAUUUGCAACUCUCUGCUGUACACAGUUGCCAUGUCCCAGAGACUCUGUGUUAUGCUGGUGGCAGGAUCAUAUACUUGGGGAGUAGGGUGUUCCUUGAUGCUCACAUGCUCUGCUUUGAAAUUAUCUUUUCAUGGUUCCAACACAAUCAGUCACUUCUUCUGCGAGUUCUCCUCGCUUCUCUCCCUUUCCUGCUCUGAUACUUCUCUCAGCCUGUUGUUGCUUUUCAUCUUUGCUACUUUUAAUAUGGUGAGUACAUUACUCAUCAUUCUCACUUCUUAUGUGUUUAUUGUUGUCACCAUUUUGAAAAUGAGUUCAGCCAGUGGGCGUUGUAAGACAUUCUCUACCUGUGCCUCUCAUCUGACUGCCAUCACCAUCUUCCAUGGCACCAUCCUCUCCCUCUACUGUGUGCCCAACUCCAAAAACUCCAGGCACACCAUCAAAGUUGCCUCUGUGUUUUACACAGUGGUGAUCCCCAUGUUAAAUCCCUUGAUCUACAGUCUGAGGAAUAAGGAUGUCAAGAAUACAGUCAACAAGUUAAUGGACACUAGAGUCUUUUCUCAUUGAGCAUAUUAUUUUAGUAGAAUUUGUCCCUAACCUUUAAAUAAAGUGUGUCCAAAAAGGCCAUUUUAGAAGAUACAUUUAAGAUUAAUACUUAAUUUUUGCACAAUGGCAAGUACGUGGAUAUUGUUUCAAGAAGACUAAAUUUGGCUUUGUCUCUUCAUUGCAGGAAAAGUUCAGCAUCUCUCUCAUCUUUAGUUUUAAACCUAUGCAAAUUGUGAGAACAUUAACUGGUUCAUAAUCUGAUAGUGAGGAACAAAAGAUAAUAUAGAUAUGUGGGGCACCUUGCAUAAUCUGAAUAAACAUUAAUUUCAUCCCACUUUCUCAUUAAGUACUUGAAAUAUAGUAGUUUCUCAGUAAACACACAUUUUUUGAUGACAUAUCUACAAAUGGCAGUAAAGGUAAGACAUAGGCUUUGUCCUCAAGGAAUGCAUAAUUUGGUGGUAAUGCUGGCACAAUAAAGAAAGGGGCUGUUGUAAAAGGCAGGCUAGAAGAAAUAUCUUAAAAGUUUUGAGCAAGGAAUAGUUCAAAUCCACUUAGAGACAUUAGAAAUAAUCUUCAUAAAAGAGGUAUUAUUUGAAGUUGGCCUGGAGAAUGGGCAGGAUUUUAGGAGACACAUUUCAGUGAAGAAGGCAUCUUAUUCAGGAGAGAAUGGAAUAAACAAUCUCGAGGAAAUAAGAAUGUAACAUUGAGUCAGUCAAUUAUUAUCGAGUGAAUACUGUGUAAUGUAUGUGUGUGCUUGCACCCGUGUGUUCGUGUGUAGUAUGUUAUAUUCAGGUUAUUUUGGCAUGACUGCAAAUUUGAAUAAAUAUUGUCUAUACCCUGACCGUGUUUUCAAAAGAGCUCCGGUGUGACAGAAUGAUAAGUUUGAUAGGCUGCACCACAGGCUUAGAAAUGGAUCUCAGAAAACCAUUAUAUGCAAAAAGUAGCGACAUCAAGUGCCUGCCCUAUUUGUUUGUCAGUUAGUUUGCCCACCCAGCCAUUGCAAAUGUUAUGUAUAAUUUAUUUAUCUAUUUUUUGAACAUGGGCGUAAUUACUGAAUCCUGCUCAACAGAACUCUCAAUUUGACCAAUUUGCCAACGCAGCCUACGUUUGUGAAUUAUUUUGGCUAACAAAGGUGGCAAAAAAGACAUUGAAGCAAAUUCCAAACCUUUGAGAGAUUUCAGGAUUUUACACAGACUAUUGAAAAAAAAAAAAAAGAAACCUGGGAAGCUGCCACAUGAACAAACACAGAUUAGACUAU